GUGAGACACAAACACACCUGCACUCAGCGAAGAAGAGAGAGAGAGAGAGAGAGAGAGAGAGAGGCAUCUUCAGACUGGACUCCAGACCUGUCUCCUGCAGAAACUCACUCAAGUGUCCUUUGACCCAGCAUGGCAGAGGGCGGCAGUUUCACGGCAAUGCUUCUACAAGGAUUUGGAGGAGACCCCCUCUCUGAGAUACCAACCCCCCAGAGCAGAGGGGCUUUCAAACAGAUACAGGGACACCGUGAGGUGCAUGGGGAGAGGUGUGUGGUCUGUGCAGGAUGUGGGGGGCGUGUCUAUGACCGGUACUUCCUGCUGGCGGUGGACAGGCAGUGGCAUGCAGGGUGUCUGCGCUGCAGCCUGUGCCAGUGCGCCCUCGAUGCCCAGCUCACCUGUUUCUCAAAGGACGGCGCCAUCUACUGCAAGGAGGACUACUACAGCCGGUUCUGUGUGCAGUGCUGUGCUCGCUGUGGGCUCGGGGUUCCCGCCUCCUCUCUGGUGAUGCGCGCGCGGGACUCUGUGUUUCACCUGCGCUGCUUCACCUGCCUGCCCUGCGGAGCCGCGCUGCGACCCGGCGACCUCUUCACCAUGAGGGGUGGUGACCUAUACUGCCAGAGACACUCCACCCAUGGACACACCCCAAAACCACGCCUCCGCAAGCGUAGGGCCACGCCCACUGAGAGAGAAAGAAACACAGCAGGCCUCCUUCCCUUGGAGGAGGGGGAGGGGUUUCUGGGCGGCCCCGAGCCCCAAUUGGCUGGGCAGCAGCAGGAGGGCAUGUCCGUGUCGAAGACUAAGCGAAUCAGGACAUGCUUCAAGAACCACCAGCUGCGCACCAUGGAGUCCUACUUCGCAGUGAAGCACAACCCUGACGGGAAGGACUGGGAGCAGCUGGCCAAGAGGACAGGGCUGCCCAAAAGAGUGCUGCAGAAUGCCCGGGCUAAACUGCGCAAGACCCUGACCACAGACGAGCCAAUCGAAGGAGAGGGGGCCGACGACACGGCAACCACCACCAUCGACCAAUCUCAGCUCUCCCUCACAACCAUGCCCCCCAUGGACCCACCCACCCCAGCCUCGGAACCCUCUGCCCAGCCAAGCAGAGCACCCAGCCCCUUCCUCUCCUUUCCAGAGUUCUCAGGAAGUUACAUCACACAGCCUGGCCCCAUCAUGGCCCCCAUAUUCCUGAACUUUGACCUUGGGGAGUCGACCACCAGCAGUGUGGAGGAUUCUGGUCCAGCGAGUUUCUUUUGA